GGUGCUUGUGUUUGCUCAAGACAAAACACUUGUCUUCGGCUAUAUAAUCUGUCACUUGGCUCUCUUCGGGGCAGUUCAGUUCCCUGAGCCCAUUGUUCCACCAUGGCCAAGUUCAUCCUUGUCGUCCUCGCCAUCGGCGCCUUCCAGGCUGCCAGCGCCGCACCCGAGCCCUCCAUCCUAGGUGUGUCUCGAGGCUUCCUCGAGGCGGCGAGGACUAAGGUGGGCGCCGCUCAGGGUAUCACCAACGCCGCCAUCCAGGCCGGAAGUGACGGCGUCAACCUGGGCCUCGACGCCGUCCAGGGCGUGGAAGCUGUCAAGUCCAACGCCCUCCGCGGUGCCGUCAACAUCACCAGAAAUCUGGGCACUGAGGUCAUCACCCAGACACGUAACCUCGCCAACCACCUGCCCUCUGCCCUUGGCAUCCGCGGUGUUGCCAACCUCGGCCUCAACGGUGCCCAGGGCGCCCUGGACCUCGGCGCCAACGCUGCUACCGGCGUCUUCACUGGCGCUCAGGCACUCGUCAACGGCACCCUGGGCGCUGGCCGCAGCCUGAGCACCGGCGUGUCCGGCGCGGCUCAGGGUGGCGUCAACCUCGCUGGCAACGUCGUCGGAGGUGUGAUUGGAGCCAAGGCCAACGCCAUUGGCGCCGCCCAGAACGCCACCCGCUCCGCCACCCGCGCCGCCGCCAACGCCGCCGGCAGGGUCGCCAACACUCUCACCGGAGGCCUUGCGGGCCGCCUUACCAGCGGACUGACCGGUCGCAGUGGCGUCUCUGGAGGCGUCAGGCUGGGCUAGAUCUAGACCGAUACCCUUUUCCAUCCUUUAGCCCUGUGCCCCGCCCGUGAAAAUAUAAGUUGUAUCAUCA